AUGGCUCCACAGACUGGCCCCAGCGAGAAGGAGACGGGACCUGUUCCAGCCUUUCCACAGCUUUUCACCUGGGAAGAGAUCGGGAUCCGCAACGGCCGCGGGCAGGGCCGGGAGCAGUGGCUGGUGGUUGACAGGAAGGUUUAUGAUGUCAGCCAGUUUUCCAAGAGGCAUCCCGGGGGCAGCCGGGUUAUCAGCCACUAUGCCGGGCAGGAUGCCACGGAUGCCUUCGUGGCAUUCCACAACGACAAGAGCCUGGUGAAAAAGUACUUGAAAUCUCUGCUGAUUGGAGAGCUGGCACCUGAUCAACCCAGCUUUGAGUCCAAUAAAAAGAAAUCCCUCUUGGAGGAUUUUCGUGAGCUGCGCUGCACCAUUGAGAAGAUGGGACUUCUGAGGCCCAAUUACUUCUUCUUCUUCCUGAUUUUCCUUCACCUCCUGGUGCUGGAUGCUGCAUCCUGGCUCGUGCUCUGGUACUUUGGCGUAUCCCUGGUGCCUUUCCUGGCUGGCAUGGUGUUCUUCACCACUGCCCAGAUCCAGAUGGGCUGGUUCCAGCACGAUCUGGGGCACUGCUCUGUCUUCAGGAAGCCCAGGUGGAAUCGUCUCCUGCAGAUCGUGGUGAUAAACAUGCUGAAGGGGCUGCCUGCCAGCUGGUGGAACCACCUGCACAACCAGCACCACGCCAAGCCCAACUGCUUCCGCAAGGACCCCGACCUCAACAUGCACCCGCUGCUCUUCAGCCUGGGAAAGACCCUCUCCAUGGAGCUUGGAAAGCAGAAGAAGAAGUUCAUGCCUUACAAUUACCAGCACAAGUAUUUCAUCUUGCUGGCCCCACUCGCCAUCAUACCCUUCUUCCAGCUGUCGACAAUCUACUUUGCAAUCAAGAGGAAAAAGUGGUUGGACCUGAUAUUGGUUGUGACUUUCAACAUCCGAGUUUGCCUCAUGUAUGUUCCUUUAAUGGGAUUUAAAACCUUCAUGAUAUACUACUGGCUGUCCAGGUACCUUGAGAGUAGCUGGUUUAUUUGGGUGUCCCAGAUGAACCACAUCCCAAUGAACAUUGAUUAUGACAAGAACAAAGACUGGGUGUCUACUCAGCUCCACGCAACCUGCAACGUGAACCAGUCUGUGUUCAAUGACUGGUUCACUGGGCACCUGAACUUCCAAAUCGAGCAUCACCUGUUCCCCACCAUGCCUCGGCACAACUACUGCAAAGUGGCUCCCCUGGUGAAGAGCCUCUGUGACAAGCACGGCAUUGAGUACAAAACCAAGCCUUUGCUGACAGCCUUUGUAGACAUUUUGCAUUCCCUGAAGGAUUCUGGGGAGCACUGGCUGGAAGCAUAUCUGCAUGGAUAG